AUGGGGCGAGGGAGGGUUGAGGUGAGGAGAAUAGAGAACAAGAUCAAUAGGCAGGUGACCUUCUCCAAGAGGAAGGCCGGGCUACUGAAGAAGGCCUACGAGCUCUCUGUUCUCUGCGACGUCGGACUCUCCCUUAUCAUCUUCUCCAGCCGCGGCAAGCUCUUCGACUUCUCCACUGCCUCCAGCCAAGAAAGACCCCCUUCCAUCUCCUAUCAGCCACUGCCCUCAUCUUCCUUUUGUUUCGUUGCUUUUUUGAUCUUGAAUGCUUUUGGAAUAAUAGCAUUUGCAUUCAGGGGACACAAUCUUGCUUUAGAAAUCCAGACAAUAAUGGCAUCAAUUUUCAAACACCCUGCACAUGUUCCAAUGUGGAGGGGAGCCAAGGUCGCCUAUCUUCUAAUAGCAAUGUGUUUAUUCCCUAUUGCCAUUGGAGGCUUCUGGGCUUAUGGUAACCUAAUGCCUCAAGGAGGAAUACUAAAUGCCAUUUAUAUAUAUCACAACCAUGAUAUCCCAAGAGGGCUUCUAGCAAUAACAUUCCUCUUGGUUGUGUUUAACUGCCUCAGCAGUUUUCAGAUAUACUCCAUGCCUAUUUUUGACAGCUUUGAAGCAGGUUAUACAAGCCGAACAAAUCAACCCUACUCGAUUUGGGUUCGAUCUGGCUUCCGAGUAUUUUAUGGCUUCAUCUCGUUCUUCAUUGGAGUAGCACUUCCUUUCCUGUCUAGUCUUGCGGGCAUCUUGGGUGGCCUCACUCUCCCGCAAUUUGUGGGAAUCAUGGAGAGCAAGACGUGGAUAUGGAAUAGGAAGUCCACAGGGAAGAACAUUGAGUAUAAAUAA